UGUUAGGAAACAUGUAUGCAAACCUGGCCAACUUUCAAUGUCAAAACUCACUUUAACCUGUUGCAGUUAAAAAAAAAACUGUUUACAUUUUCAGGCAGUCAGACUUUAACCAUAAAGGUUUUUUGUUGUUGCAUGGCCAGCGGGGUGCGGCUGGGCAGCACCCCGCUGGCCAUGCUGGCCGCCACCUGCAGUAGAAUCGGGGAGCCGACCCCUUCCUGCUCCCCCGCUGUGUCAGAUGGGGUCCCGGGACUCGCCAAAGGGUUUCAUCCCUGGAGAAAGACUUUCCAGGCCGGCGGCGGCGCGGUCGCGGUUUCCUCUGGGAUCUCCAGGAAUAAUGGUCCAGGACUGACACCGGAGGCCUCCAGCGCCUUCUCGGUGACACUUCCAGGCUCUUCUUCAGGGAGUGAUUUUUCUCUGUACCACAGCGCCGUGUCGUCCUAUGAUUACGACACUUCGGACUCCGCGUCCGCUCAGCGCCCGGUGUUCAUGCCGAAAUUCCCCCCCUCGGUGGAAGGCAUAGCGGGGAUUUACCAGAGGAUGCACUCUUACGAUUCCUGGAUAAAGCCAGCUGGAGAAGUCGGCAACGGGCCCGCGGUAUUGUGGGACAUGGGCGCCAGCUGGGUGGACUCGCAGAACUCAGCCGGGUUAUCAUGCGCCUUGAGCGGCUACGGUAACGACUACAGCCCCGCCUUCAGCACCGGCGCGUCUCAGCACCUGAUCCCCGGCGCGCAGCACAUGUUUGACGGCUUCCGGCCACCUGCUUACACGGAGCCUACGAGCGCACCACCUCCUCCUGUUCCUCCUCCUCCGACGGGGACCCCUGCUGUUCCCCUGCCCAGCCCCUCCCGGGCCUCGUCGCGCAAAUACGCAGGCAGAGCUACCUGCGACUGUCCAAACUGUCAGGAGGCAGAGCGCCUCGGUCAGGGGGGCUCGAGUCCACGGCGGAGGGGCGUGCACAGCUGUCACAUCCCGGGCUGCGGGAAAGUUUACGGCAAAACCUCCCACCUGAAGGCGCACCUGCGCUGGCACACCGGGGAGCGGCCGUUCGUCUGCAACUGGCUCUUCUGCGGGAAACGCUUCACGCGCUCGGACGAGCUCCAGCGCCACGUGCGCACGCACACCGGCGAGAAGCGCUUCGAGUGCCCCAUGUGCCAGAAGCGCUUCAUGCGCUCCGACCACCUCAGCAAGCACUUGAGGACGCACAGCUCCGAGGGCUCCGAGGGCUGCGUCGACCAGGCGUCCCAGAAAGGGAGCGGCGACGCGGACAGAGGCGCCUCCAGCUGCCCGGCGGGGUCUCCGGGCCCGGGAAAGGGCGGCCAACGCGAUAAGCUCGAGAGACCAGCGGAAAAACAGUCACAACAAGUGGGGAUUUGAUGACAGCAGCCGGACACGGGUGUUGCUUUGGACGCCGAAAGACUGAAAUAGCACUUUAUGGUUACCUUCAGUUGUGAAGUGUGAGAACACAGUUUCCUUACCUCAUCGGAUCAUCGCAGACUUAAAAAGAAAUGUUUUCUUCAGUUUCUCGGUUUGAUACGUGCGCCUGAUUAUUCCACGUGCUUUUCACACCGAGUAGUUCCUUUGAAUCAUCCUGUUACAUCUGACAAGUGCGCACACAUUUAAGUUCAUGUUCUUAAAUAUCUGACUUUGGAAAACUAAAUUGCAAAGUAAGUAAUUUAUCGUUGCUUGUAACUGGCAUUAAAUUAAUACAACAGGAGAAAAUUGCAAGAUUUAUUAUGUGGAACUGUUUAUCGUAUUAUUAAAAUAUUCAAAAUAUA